AUGCGGGAAAGCUUCCAGGGACACCGCCAGAACGCCAAGUCGGCCAUGUCGCGAACAGGAGGUGGCAGGUUUGAGAUGCGAUCUCUUAGCUUCGAGAGCUCAUCCUCGAUCACCAAAGCCCGCAAGAGCCUGAACACCUGCGUGAACUCCAACGUCUUCAACUACAGUGUUUUCGUUCUGAUCCUGCUGAACCUUGUCAUGCUUGGUCUUGAGAUCGACCUGUCAGCAUCUUUGCCACCGGGAGAGUCGCCGCCUUUCUUCGCGGAGAUCAACCUUGUGAUCGUUGCUGUAUUUACGGCUGAAGUGGUGCUCAAGUUGGUUGCCUUUGGCUGCAGAGGAUAUUUCAUGGGCAUCGAGAAGAUGUGGAACUGGUUUGAUAUGAUCAUUGUUGUCUUGUCUUUGUUCGAGGUGGUUGUAGAGCUUCUCAGCUCCAUCCUCUUCGCUCAGAUGGACGCCAACCAACUGCGAGUCAUGCGAUUGGCAAGGCUAGCACGGACGCUACGCGGCGUACGUGUGGUGAAGCUGCUGAAGUACAUCGGGUCUCUGCGGACAAUCAUCUUCUCGAUUGUUAGCACCAUGGGCUCGCUGAUGUGGACUCUGGUGCUGCUUCUCAUGCUCUUCUACUGCCCCAUGCCAGCACCGGGAAGGGAGUAA